AUGACUUCACUAAUGCUGGGACUUUUCUGCUGCAUUGGAAUCCUGACAUCAGGGACUUUCUCACAGAUUCGGUCAAGGGGCCCCUCUGUAAUGAGUCCUGUGGUCCAGCGAGUGUCCCCGCAAGUCACCGCAAGGCUCUACCAGCACUUUGAAGAUGUGAAAUCUGUUGAACAGACAUCUGAUGAAGUUCCAAGUGCUGAAAUUUUUCAGCAGCUUCCUCGAAGUGAUCAUUACAGUGCCCAAGGUGUCCAGCAGCAGCAGCUGCACAUUGCCACCAACGUCCAGGCACAAGACAGGAGGAGAAGUGACAGUGCAGCAAUAAGAUCCAACUGCAGGAAUCGGCCUAUAGACCUUGUCUUUAUCAUAGACAGUUCCCGCAGUGUGCGUCCUGCUGAGUUUGUGAAGGCCAAGGAGUUCCUGGAAGAUAUGGUGGACAGCUUGGAAAUCGGGCCUGACGCUACACGAGUUGGCCUCGUCAAUUAUGCCAGCACAGUACAAAUUGAGUUCCUGCUCAAUACGUAUUCUCACAAAUCUGCCCUAAAGCAGGCACUGGCUCGAGUUGAACCCCUCGCUUCGGGCACCAUGACAGGCUUGGCCAUCAAGACUGCUAUGGAAAAAGCAUUCACCGCAGAGGCAGGGGCCAGAGUUAGUUCCAGAAAUAUUGCAAAAGUGGCCUUCAUAUUGACAGACGGGAGGCCCCAGGACAAGGUGGAUGAAGUGUCAGCUGCAGCUCGCGCAUCUGGGAUAGAGAUCUACGCGGUGGGAGUAGACAGAGCUGAUUUGAUGUCCCUCCGCCUUAUGGCCAGCCAACCACAUGAUGACCAUGUCUUCUACGUGGAGACCUAUGGUGUUAUUGAGAAGCUUACUUCCAAAUUUAGGGCAACCUUGUGUGGUAAGGAUGAUGAUGAUGACGGGAGUGCAGACACUCCAUUGAAUGGUGGAAAUAAUGAUUAUGAAUUAGACCUAGAUCGCAGGAAAGACCAAAAUGGAAUAAAUACUGAAAAUGACGAUAAAGGAAACAAUGGUGUGGAUGCAUGUGCACAGGGACACAAUUGCCAGCAUAUUUGUGUCAGCAGUGGAAACUCAUACCAUUGCAAGUGUCGCUUGGGCUAUGUUUUAAACCCAGACAAGAAAACAUGCUCACGUUCACAUGCAUGUGCCCAGGGUCAUGACUGCCAACAUAUUUGUGUCAACAAUGGUGACUCAUACACCUGCAGGUGUCAAGUGGGACAUGUGUUGAAUGCAGACCAGAGAACAUGUUCACGUUCUGAGCCAUGUGCCAAUGGACAUGACUGCCAGCACAUUUGUCUAAACAGUGAUGACUCGUACAUCUGCAAGUGUCGAGUCGGAUAUUUGUUGAAUACAGACCAGAAAACAUGCUCACGUGCAUGUGCCCAGGGACAUGACUGCCAGCACAUAUGUGUCAACAGUGGGAACUCGUACAUGUGCAAGUGUCCAGCGGGUUAUGUGUUGAAUCCAGAUAAGAAAACAUGUUCACGUUCAGAUAUAUGUGGCCAAGGACAUGAUUGCCAACACAUUUGUGUCGACAGUGAUGACUCUUACAUCUGCAAGUGUCGAGCAGGAUAUGUGUUGAAGGCAGACAGGAAAACAUGCUCACUUUCUGCUUCAGAUGCAUGUGCCCAGGGACACGACUGCCAGCACAUAUGUGUCAACAGUGGGAACUCGUACAUGUGCAAGUGUCGAGUGGGAUAUGUCCUGAAUGUGAAUCUCAAAACAUGCUCACGCUCAAAUUCAUGCGCUCACGGACAUAACUGUCAACAUAUUUGUAUCAACAACGGGGAUUCCUUCAGCUGCAAGUGUCGAUCCGGAUAUGUGCUAAAUGCCGACCAGAGAACAUGCUCACAGGAAAUGAGAGGUGAAAUAAGUCAAGACGCCUGCAUGUGUGAAGCGCAGAUUGCCUUCCAGAGAAAAGUACAGUUGACCAUUCAGGAGCUGAGCAGAAAACUUGAAGAACUUUCAGACAAAGUGAAGCUGAUUGAAGAAGAAGAGCAGUAUUAAGAACAGCGAUGCUGUCAGAAGACCUCACUUUGUCAAAAUAUCUUCAAUGUUUAAUUUAAUCUGUUAAGUGUGUUAAAUGUAGUAUUGCUUUAUCAUGUAGUAUAGUAGUAAAAUGAUGUCUUAUUAUUAUGAUGAUGAUCAUAAAGUUGCAUGUUUGCAUUGUUAUUACCACUGACAAGUCAGGUUAAGCGUGUAAAUGUCUACAUGUACCUGUACAGAUACUCCUAUCACUGUUUAUGUAUGUGUAUGUGUUUAAGUUUUUUUGAAAGAGUUUUUUGUGUAGUUAGUACACAGACUCCAUCCAUACCUGUAAAAGCAUUGUUGCUGUUUGUCUGCUUGCCACAUUAUUAUUUUUUAUUGAUAUU